AUGUGCCUAAUACUUUCUGGAAGCAGGGAGGAUAGUAAAAACCGAUUGGUUGAACAGGGGGACAUAAGUAACAGGAGCAAUGCAGUUGUCAUAGGGGAUACAACAGUGAGAGGGAUAAAAGGAACGGCUGAGACCAGUCUUCUUCUUUUGAUCAGUACAUCAAGUGAACAUUCACAACAGCAUUUUGCAAAUAAACCUUUCAAUUACCUCAUCUUAGCAUGUACAAUAUUGGUGCCUAAUGUAUUGGCUUUUGCAAAAGCUCUGUGGAAAACAUCCUUUGGGUCAUCACACAUGCCCCCUCUGAGUAUUCUUUUAACGGUUUGUGUGAUUGAGGGAAUUGUGGCAUUAGGAACGUCCCUGCUGAUUCUUGUCUCCAUGCCUCACUUUGACAUACUAACCAAUCUGCACAUUUUAAGUGGUGUUUGCUUUCUGCCGUCCAUUCUGCAAAUAGUUUUUCAGCUGAAACCAUUUAAACCUUCUAUAUUCUUUCCAAUAGCAGCUUUUGGCUUUGUAUUCCUAGGUUUCGUGCUCUUUGUGACAGCACACUGGCAACAGGAGAUUUCAGGGAAAACAGAUGAGAUUCAAGUGUAUGUGGGUCUCACAAUAGUUUUCUUAAUGCUAGUAUCUUUGAACUGGUGGGAAAAUUUCACCUCCUACUGUAAAAGUGAAUUUGUGGAAAAUGUAAAAGAAAAGUUGAGGCAUUCCCAGAGCAUCACAAAUCUGUGCACUAACUUUAUUAGAAUACUAGUGACUGGUUUGGUAGUGGGAGUGAUGAUCCCAGUCAAGAAAUACAAUUGGAAUCAUCUUACGGCUGUUUCACCAUUUCAAUCCAAAAUUAUCUUGAGCUUGUUCGCGAUGCAGGGGAUUUCUUCGGCACUUUGUCACUGGUUUGGGGUCAUUGUGUGCAAAAUGCAUGCAAUCAGGCGCGGUUUCAUCAUCCCUUCCUUGUUAACAACACCUAUAGUAUUUUUCUCCUUCUUGAUUGUAUUGGACAGCACUUACAGGGAAUCCGGUCUGGGAGGAAGUUUUAACCUGACAUCACUGUGCAAUGCUUUAACAUUUGAUAAAAACAGUAAUCCUACACAAAUUCUACUAUUGGAAGUCUCUCACAGCCUUUGUAGGACAGGUGUAAUUUUAGAUCAGGGCAACAGUGGCUUAGCACUAAUUGGAUUUUCAGGAUUGAGCUUUUGGCUAGGGCUCCUUUUUUCAACAUUCUAUGUAUGGGAACGUAGCCUUCAAAGGAUUGAAAGAACAACUCAGCUCUUUGUUCGUCGGUUAUAUGAAGCGGCCUUCAUGGAACAAUCAAUGCUGCUCAACACGCGGGUCGAGAAGAAAAAGUAUCACAGUCACAGCAAUUUUAAACGAUCGCAACAUGUUAUGAUAUACUUAUGUGCAACAAUGUGGCAUGAAACAGUGGAGGAAAUGAGAAAGAUCCUUACUUCAAUGUUCAGGCUGGACAAGUACAAGCCAAGCUUGUUAAAAUCACACAAAGAUAACUUUGAUUUCGAAGCACACAUUUAUUUUGAUGACGCUUUCCAGAUGGGCUUCAAACCACAGGAAAAUAAACAGGAAAGGAUUGUGAAUGAUUACGUGAAGAACCUUGUUUGCACAAUCGAUGAAGUUUUCAGGAUAUUUUCUGGUGAAAGCCAAACAUCUGUGGAUCAGACAUUAGAAGAUGAUGAGGAUGAUAUCAAACAAACUAUAAUGGAAACACCUUAUGGUGGAAGAAUCUCUUACACACUUCCAAGUGGAAAUAUGUUGCAUGUUCAUCUGAAGGAUAAGGACAAAAUCAGACACAAGAAGAGAUGGUCUCAGAUCAUGUACCUGUACUACCUGCUAGGGUGGAAGUUAAAUCGGAAAUAUUUAACCUUAUCAGGCAAAUUUGAAGAGGAAACAAAUAUUACAAAUUCUUUAGAGACUGAAAAGCAAAACACUUAUAUCCUGGCUCUCGAUGGCGACACUGACUUCCAGCCCUCAUCUGUGAUCUUGCUUGUUGACAGACUUAGAAGAUAUCCACAUGUAGGGGCUGCAUGUGGUAGAAUACAUCCUACAGGCACUGGCCCCAUGGUCUGGUACCAGAAGUUUGAGUAUGCCAUUGGUCACUGGUUACAGAAGACAGCUGAACAUGUGCUGGGCUGUGUGCUCUGCAGUCCAGGAUGCUUCAGUCUAUUCAGGGCAGCAGCGUUAAUGGAUGAUAACGUGGUCAAAAGGUACACCACCAAAUCUACUGAAGCAUUCAACUAUAUACAGUAUGAUCAAGGGGAAGACCGUUGGCUGUGUACUUUAUUAUUACAGCAAGGCUGGCGUGUAGAAUAUAACGCAGCCUCAGAUGCGUACACAAAUGCACCACAAGAAUUCAAGGAGUUUUACAACCAGAGACGCCGUUGGGGUCCAUCAACUUUGGCAAACACAAUCGAACUUCUGAAUAGCGGAGCGCAGACAUCCAGGAAGAAUUCUUCCAUUUCCAAACUCUACAUCCUGUACCUAAUAAUUUCAACAGCAGCUUCCAUUUUGGGCCCUGCGACUGUCAUUCUAAUGAUAGCAGGAUCAUUUUCUUUCAUGUUCAACUGGAAUGCAAUUGUAUGUCUAGUCCUUGGAGUCGCUCCUCCAGCUAUAUUCUUGGUGCUGUGUUACAAUUUGAAGACAGAUACCCAGAUCAAUAUUGCUGCAGUGCUGAGCAUAUUUUAUGCUUUUCUAAUGAUAGGAACAUUAUUGUCCAUCAUAGGUGACAUGGUCAAAGCGAAUACGUUCAUUUCACCGACAGGCUUGUUUGUCAUCUCCAUAGCUCUCCUUUACACUAUAACAGCUAUGCUGCAUCCCCAGGAGUUCUCUAUUGUCUUCUAUGGGCUACUGUACAUUGUUUGCAUCCCCAGUGGAUACUUGUUGUUAACUAUUUAUUCGAUGGUCAACAUGAACAACAUUUCGUGGGGCACUCGCGAGGCACCGACUUAUGAAGAAAAGAAAGAGAAAGUUAACCGAUAUGAAAAGAACUGGAAAUGUCUCUGUUGGGACAUUGAAUUCCAGGUCAAGGAGGAUAGAAAGGAACUACCUCAACCCUCCAACUCAGAAGAUAGUCAAAUCAAUGAUGAAGUAAACGAGCUGCCUACAUUGGAAGACAAUUGGGUGAAGAAUUUGCAAGAGCAGUCAUGUUACAUAGAGCUCAUCGAAGAAAAACUUGAUGAAGUGGAGAAACCUUUCUGGGUGGAUCUAAUCAAGUUGUACCUGGAACCAUUGAAUGAGGACAAAGCCAAACAGGCAGAGAUUAAGAAAGAUUUGAAAACUGUCAGAAAUAAGGCCACCUUUUUGUUCUUUAUAAUUAAUAUUUUUUGGAUAGUUGCAACAGUUUUCCUGCAAGCUAUUGGCACUGCGAUACAAAUCACGAUCCCCAAGAUCCUUCCAAAUGGAAGCCUUUCAAUCACCGAUAAGCUGCAAGUAGAGCCAAUAGGGUUUAUGUUUCUAAUCACCUUUGCUGGUCUGCUGUCGAUUCAGUUCCUUGCCAUGCUGUACCACAGAAUUAUCACGCUUACCCAUUUUGUAGCGUAUAAAGGAACGCAAGUAAAACCUGCAAAAGCUGUGGGAAAGUACGAGAAAUUGAAUAAGGACAAUGAGGUUUGA